UGAAAGAGAGCCAGUCAUCCAGUGGUGUAGUCCAGGCUAGCCAUCAUGAGAAGAGGACAUUGGUGCGCCAGAUAGGCCUACUAGGCCACAGCAGUUAUGGUCUAGCAGAUCUGCUCAGGGCCAGCCCUCAUGCCUAUAUCAUUGCUGGUGGCAUCAAGCUUAGAUUGGUCAUUCGCUCCCGCGACCAGGUCCCCCAUCUUCCUCUGCACACCCACAUGUCAGAAUUCACCAAUCCAAGACAACCCCAUGCUGCCCUGGUUGGGCUGGCUAGUCCCCAUGAUUACCUUGAAAUAGGGACUGAGGAAUCAGUGAUUAUUUUAUCUGGCAGUUCUCAAGGAUAUGAGCUUGAGCUAAUGUGCAUCAGAGGUGUAGCACAACAAGCAGCACUCUCCACCCCUUUGUAUGCAUGGCUGCAUCAAGUGGUUGAGAGUGCAUGUAAUGAACGCCGGAAUCCCAGUCAUGGUGGACAUAUGGCCCAAGUUGGACUGAACCGUGGUCCCUGGCAUGCCCGUGUGGUAGGCUGGGCCAAAAGCUAUACCAGGAACCUGGAUCCUUCCAUACAGCAAUGUCAUGAUGAAGAUGUGAUUGGGGCUGUUAGUCUGGUUUGGGCUAUGAUCAAGGCUGUGGUACCCUCAGAAGCCAUCCAAGAAGUUGAGGCAUCCCUGGAACAGGCUGAAAUGCCCAGGAUUGCCACAAGGAAUGUGGCUGAAGGCAGUGGCUAUAAAAUCACAGUUGGACAGCAAAUAUACUCCUUCCCUGCAGCUGAGCGUGGUCCACCAGAAGCAUACAUGAGUCGUGGAUAUAUUGCGUGGUCACACAUUGAUAAAGCCUACUGCAAAUUUGCAUUCUCCCUCUGUGUGGCUAGGGAGCUUGUAACUACUAGGUACAAUGCCCUCCCUAGUGGUGGUGCCAAUUUUGUGGAUGUUGGCCUGCGGGUUGUCAUCAAACAGGCUGCAGGUACACUGAUUGGCUUUAAGGCAGACUAUAGUCAUGGCACAACAUUGGCAUAUGGUGCUGUCAAUCACUCUAUUUCUAUUGCCUUUUCAAGACCACUGGCACAGGCAUGGAAGGAUUCACUGUUGAAUAAGGGGGUCACAUCAGCACCUGGGGCAGGGGAGGGAAAUCCUGAUGUAGAAUUGCCUCAAUGAACUAUUGUACAGUGUGUAUAUGCAGUACUUAGUCCAUUGAAUAUCACCGCACAGGAUGCAUGUAGCCUGACAUGGACGGCACGCUGCUACAGGCAGUACCCAGUGGUACUCACUUAUCCAUGUCGGUGCACAUUGCACUUCAUCCCAUUAGCCCUUUGUGCCACCCUUUUACAUGCUGCACGUUAGACCGAGCACAUAGCGCAGCGCAACUAACUCGCCCUCGACGAC